AUGGCCCCCCUCAUUCGUGUCAUCGGUUCCCUGAAUGCCGACAUGGUGUCAGUCACACCCCGUUUCCCCGAUCCUGGAGAGACGAUCACUUCUUCAAAGUACUUCACCAGCGCCGGCGGUAAGGGCGCGAAUCAGGCUGUCGCAUGUGGCCGGAUGUCACGACCACAACCCACUGGAGAGGGAAUGAAUGCGAAAAGCGACGUUCACGUCGAGAUGGUCGGCGCUGUCGGCGCGCUGGAUGGCCACUUCUCUGCCCUGCUGAAGCCGACACUUGAGAAGUCCGGAGUCGAUCCGUCGCGAGUGCGAGUCAUUGAGAAUGCAUACACUGGCGUGGCAGUUAUCAUCGUUGACUCGUCUGCUGGGGGUGAAAACCGCAUCUUGUUCUCGCCCGGUGCGAACUAUACGGGCAUGCAGCCCAAACCCGAAGUUCUGGGACCGGCUUUAUCUCCCCCAGUGCCUGAUGUGAUCGUGAUGCAGGGCGAGAUCCCAGUUGACACGGUAAUUGGAAUCCUUCGGGAAGUCGCAGCAUACAAGAAGAAGAACCGCGCUGCUGGCAAGCGCGGCAUUGAGUGCGGGCCCGACGUUAUGCUCAACCCAGCUCCUGCACCACCGGGCGGUCUGCCAGAGGAUGUCUAUGCUGCGGUCGAUCACUUGAUUUUGAAUGAAACAGAAGCGGAGCUGAUGACGCCGCCGACCGAGCAGCUCCUCCGAGUCGUUCCAGACGCCGAGGGGCUGGACGGCAAGGAAAAAGUGGCCCGAUACUUCCACAAGCUGGGUGUGACGUACCUACUCAUUACGCUGGGGGCCAAGGGCGUCUGGUACAGUGCUACAGAUGGAGGGUCCUCUGGCCCUAGCGAUGGGGUCCAGCGCUUUACGAACGAGAUUCCUGCAGCGGCCGUGUCUCAAGUCUUGGAUACCACGGCAGCGGGCGACACAUUUGUUGGAGCGUACGCGGUGAAGGUUGCGCGGUGGCGGGAGCAACGUCGCGUCGAGGACAGGGCGGGCCAGGAUAUCACCGAUGCAGAGAAACCGCAUCGGUAUCAGACUGUCAUGGACGAGGCGAUGCACCUGGCAGCGCGCGCGUCAGCUCGCGCCGUGGAGCGCCAGGGUGCUAUGGAUAGCAUUCCGUUUGAGGACGAGGUGUAA